GAGGUGCCAUGUGUCCCUGCCCUCUUUACAGAGUGGUUAUAGCUCUCUGAGUGGCACGCCAGUCAGUAUGGUGCUGCACUCCUGCACUGAGCCACUGUAGGCAAAUACAGCUGAGGGAGAACAGAACAGCUUCUGUGGGUGUGUGUAUGAGUGUGUGUGAGUACAUGAUACACCGUUCAGCUGCAUCAUGGACACAGAAUAUUCAAAAAGAGUGUACCAGGGUGUUCGGGUUAAACACACAGUGAAAGACCUGCUGGCUGAGAAGCGAUCCCGACAGACAAGCGGGCCCAGAUAUACUGGAGGAUCGACUACUCCACCUUCGUUUGUCCAGAUGCCAGGAUCACACAUGCUGCCCAGCUACUACAGCAUGAGGCGUCCCUUCAUAUCCGACGCAGACUUUUGCACACCCACCAAGCAGUUUCCUUCCGAUGUCUAUUCUUCCACACAACCCUCCUCUAUGAGCAGCUACUCCUCUCUCAUCGACAGCUACUACCCAGAAACCUUUGGUGACUACCGUAGCGCAGCCACCUUCUCCAGCUCUGGCAGCUCCUUCCUGCCCUCGUCAACCAUUUCCUCCCUGUUGCCAACUUUCAACGGAGAUUCACCGCAUUUAUUUCUGCGUGACUCAUGGGACCAGUCGGGACCUGAGCCAGUGUCCCAGGUGGAGGGCCUCUGUCCGGACAGCCUGGGUUCUGUCAGCGUCCCACCCUCCAUAGCCAGCCCGGAGCCCUCUGGGAGCCCAUCCCAGUACCGCUCCCCCAGCCGUGGCUCCUCCAUGGGGCCUGUCUCCGGCAGCCAGCCGUACACCCUGCAUUCACUGGAGGACGUCCACUACCACCCUUUGACUUCUGGCGGCACCUACUCUGUGCCCUCCUCCUUUCCCUGCCCCCCAUACAUGAGCAGCCCAGUCAGCGACCUGGUGUCCAAGAUGGUGUCAGAGGACAUGGCGGAGGGUCACAGUGGCCUCCCAGCUGGCACCGAGGCCCACUCUUCAUGGGCUAAGGAGGACGGGGUGAGCCCCUGGUCCCCCUAUGAACUCCGGAGGGCCUACUGACCUGAGCGUCCAACCAAGACUGAGAGGUCAGCAUGUCCAAAUGAAUGAAAUUUGACAGACUUUUCCCAUGAAAAGCACUGAGCUUGACAUAAAAUGUCAGAGAUGUGUGUGUUGUUUUUUGGACAUUCAUCAUCAUUGUUUUAUUCAACAGCUAAUAUUUGUACUUUAAUAACAACAGAGUAGUAAUUGGUUGACUAAGUUGGCCAAAACGAUGUGGUAGGAGGAUCACAUUUACUUACUGCAAAGAAGAAAAUAAAAGGGUUUUUAUUAUUAUUAUUAUUAUUAUCUUUUUUUGUCUAUUUUUUAAGCUUGUAUUAUAUGUAAAAAAGAUUGGAGAAAAUGGCCACUGAACCUGAAACUGAUACAAAUAAAGUGCAUUUACA